AUGUCGAAUUACCAGGAGACAUUAUGCCAAGCUGGUGGCUGUGGUGCAGCGGGUGCUGGUGGAGAUGAACCAGCCGGUGGUGACUCUGCCGGUGGUGACACUGCCGGUGGUGAAUCAGCUGGGGGUGAUCCACCAGCAGGCGGUGAUCCACCAGCAGGCGGUGAUCCGCCAGCCGGUGGUGAUGAACCACCAGCCGGAGGUGAUCCGCCAGCCGGUGGUGAUGAACCACCAGCCGGAGGUGAUGAACCACCAGCUCCACCUUCUGAUCCACCAGCUCCACCUUCUGAUCCACCAGCUCCACCUCCUGAUCCACCAGCUCCACCUUCUGAUCCACUAGCUCCACCUCCUGAUCCACCAGCUCCACUUCCUGUUCCAGCAGCUCCACCUCCUGAUCCAGCAGCUCCACCUCCUGAUCCACCAGCUCCACCAGAAUCAUCUUCUGUCCCAGCUCCAUUGGCCGAAUUCAGGAUCGCAACACCCACAAUUAGUAAUAGCAAAAUCUUCAUGACUUCAAUCAACUCUCUUGUACACUUCGAAUGUGCCUAUAACGCGAUUAACCGCGAUAUUUAUACCAUUACUGUGCUCUCUAACAUGCAUGAGUUGAUGGCAAUUUGUGUGUUUAAUAAUGUUUUAACGUAA